CCAGGGCCUCGACGAUGCAGAACUAGAUUAGGCUAGACAAACAACACAGCAUAGCACAGCAUAGCACAGCAAAGACGCAGCAUAUCGCAGCACAUUUGGAACGCAGAUAUGGCAGCCACAAGCAGCAUUGCACCGCCGCUUGUAAAAGGAAGCAAUGCCGGCGCCUCAGCGCCGCACACGUCCGACACCUUUCGGCCGCUGCUCAAGAAGCUUACCCUCUCAUGUCCGCUACCGCCCGCUUCGCCUUCAGAGGUAGCAUCCUCAUCAUCGCUAUCAUCUGCCCAUUCCCCCUCACAGACACACCCGCCAGGCCCUCCGUUGACCCCGGCUGACUUGCUGGCCCUGUUCGAGCACAUGGCUGAUGCCAACUUCACCUCCAGCCAUGCGAACCAUGCGCAGAUCGGCGCAGCGCUGACAGCUCUACGCAUGAGCGGAAUCGAUCGCGAACCCGCAGCGCUCGCCAUCGCCAGCAAAGUAUUCCUGCAGUGCUGCUUGCGCGUGCCGCAGCGGGCGGUGCAAGGCGACGAUCAAAGCGAUGGUCGUGGUGGGGGUGGGGGUGGUGACGGGAAAGAGUACACGGGUCUCCUCGACAUUGUCGGUACCGGCGGGGAUGGGCAGGAUACAUUCAACGUCUCGACCACCGCAGCGAUCGUCGCCUCUGGUGUACCUGGCAUUCGUGUCUGCAAGCACGGCGCCAAGGCAUCCUCAUCAACGUCCGGUUCGGUUGACCUGCUCCUAUCGCUAGGCAUCCCGCUCUCGCGGUUACCGCCGACGUCGCUGCCGGACAUCCUGCCGGCGUCUUCCUUCGCCUUCCUCUACGCACAGCUCUUCCACCCGUCGCUGGCGCCGCUGGCGCCGAUCCGCCGCGCGCUGUCCUUCCCGACACUCUUCAACGUCCUCGGCCCGCUGAUCAACCCGGCGCUGCCGCGACGCUGCGUGCUUGGUGUGCACUCGUAUGGCCUCGGCAGGACCUUCGCCGAAGCGCUCCAGCGCCGCGGCGACGUCCAGCGCGCUUGGGUCGUUUGCGGCCGUGAGGGCCUCGAUGAGAUCAGUUGUGCAGGCGAGACGGAUGUCUGGGAGCUCAGCGAGCGGGGCGAGAUCACACAGCGCGUCGUCACGCCGGAAGACUUUGGCCUGCAGCGACAUCCGCUCAGCCACGUCGGUUCUUUUUCGUCCGACGAGAAUGCCGCAAUAGUUUGGCGUCUGCUCUCGUCCACGACGGACGAAGACCUGCCACUGGAACCGCUCGCGAGCCCGUCUCGCCUACGCACACACGAGCUGCCAACUCUGCUCUCCACUUCCUCCUCCCUGUCUUCCUCCUUCUCAUCCAUCGCUUCUAUACCCACCACGCCAACAGCCCCAUCCACGCCGACCGGAACGUCGUCUCUCCCGCCCAUACCAGCGAAUACGCACCUGCGCGCCAUCGCGGACUAUACGCUCAUGCAAGCCGCUGCGCUGAUCUACGUCGCGGGGCGCGCUCCGACGUUACCCGCGUGCGUACACCUUGCGCGUACGGCUAUGCAGGACGGCAGCGCCAAAGCAGCGCUUGAGCGUUUUGAGCAGUGCGCAAACCGCGAGAUUGCACGCAGUGACGAACAAGCGCGACGGAGAGCCGAAGAGGCGCAGGCGAACGCUACCUUAAAUGCUUCAGCCGCAGAGGGAGACGCGAAGGAGCGUGAGGAGAAACCUGAAAAGAUGCAAGGCAGCGACACUCGGAAAUCUAGGCAACGUCUAAGGCAAAGGGAAAAGACAGACGAUAGGAACCAGCUGCAGGACGGAUUUGCAUACCUUCCGGAACCCUCGCGCGAUGCGAACGUCGGUACCGACGACUAGACCCCUCACUGACAGAGCCCCACGUUUCCGUUGCACCGCUACAGCUGCCAUGCAUGUCCGAGUACUCCUGCCAGUGGAGCGUCGCGCUCGAUAUCUUCGCACGCAGCCCCUCACCCCCUUACAGACCUAGUCGAUUAGCCUAUGUAUGUAUAAAUGCAG